UUAUUUUAUUCCUUAGGGCCCCGUUGUCUUGGGAGAUCUCCAGCAUGAGGAUGUGACGAAACAGCCGAGUCUGUUAGGCUCUGCCAGGAAGAAUAAAGUACUGUCCUCCUCCUCUUGCCAUCUGAAGGUGCCUCCUGGAGACAGGCAAUGCAACCUGUCUCCCUGCAUCCCUUCCUACCUCCUGCAGAAUGCAGAGAAGCAGAAUUCUCGUCUUGCGCAGUCUUUAAGAAACCUUGUGUGUCAAAAUCCCACCUGUACACCCAUCAAUGGGUCUCCAGAGCCCCCCAAAGCCUGCACAUCACCCCAUCAAGUCAACGGAAUAAGUAACUGUUUCAACACAGGUUCUGCCAGCAACUCCCAGGAUGGUGUCAAUCCCGACAGGAUUCUCAAGAAACCGAAGCAACUGAACAGCACCUUGCCUCCAUCUUCCCUUGACAACAGCUGUGUUGCUGCUAGAAUCCGUCCAAUUUGCAGAUACAGGAAACGCAGGCUGGUGAGAGUCAGUGCAGUCUCACACCUUAGUAGAAAGGACUGGUUGUUUGGGCUUGUAGCCACCUUUAUCUUUCUUGUUCCAGCCACAGAAACCUCUCAGCAUGAAGUGCAACUGUGAACAGCCCAAGUCCUGCAUCUUGUGUGAGUGCAAAGCCUCUGUCCAGACCAUUGACCCAGAGACAAUGUCCUUAGAAGAGCGGGUCGCUUUACUGGACUCUGGAUUCCACCCCAUACUUUCAUUUUCUCAUGGCAACCCUCUUCACUUACACUUUGAAGCCUUGUUGAGAGAGAGCCACAGACUAAGCAAUAAAAUCAAGAAUCUAAAAACAGCGAAUUGUGGUUUGAAAGACUUAACCAACAACAUUUGCUCAUCGUCUUUCUCCGGAUCUGGUUCCCUGCUCAAAGGAUCAUCCAGUCACAGCUUGUAUACUUCUGGCCCUCAGACGCACAAGCCUGCUUCUCUCCAUCAUGUCUCACCUCUCUCCCUGGAAAGUAUUCCCACUCCACACUCCAACCAGAUUGCUGGCAAUUCCAUGGCUGCUGGCAGCUCAGCAUUGCAGCCUGCAAAGAAGAAAAAAGUGGAAUGUUCCUAUGACAUCAACAAUAUUGUGAUCCCCAUGUCAAUGGCUGCUGCUACACGGGUGGAGAAGCUGCAGUAUAAAGAGAUUUUGACACCAAGCUGGAGAAUGGUGAAUCUUGGCAAGCUGAAGACCUCAGGGGAAGUAGAUUCAGAGGUGGAAGAUACUUCUGAUGAAGCAUAUCUGAACCGUCACCAAAAAUUUGAAGAGUUGGAACGAGCCCGUUGGGAUUCCUGGUCAGGAACCAUUUCUCACAGACGCGGGAACAGGAGCUCCAACAAAGCGGAUGGACGAUGGAUACCUCCGCCGGGCUCUCCAGACACCACAUCGCAUAACCUUAACCACAUCCAGUGUGCCAGCUCUCCAACUGGCUCUCUGAGCCCCGAGGUUUCCAGUGUUCUGAAGCCCCUCCUGCUUAAAGGCAGAGGCAGAGGAAGCCUUUCUUUUAGUGAAGACACAGCUCUCUCCUUCUCAGAUGCGGACGACAGCAUCCAGUGCGUACAGCCAUGGGAGCUGCGGACAUUCCCUCUUUCUCACCUGCAGCAUCAAGUGCUUCUGUACCCGUCUGAGUUUCUAGGCAAGCAGGCCAGCACUGUUCAGCAGAGGGACUCUGGCAGCAGUCAGGGCUUGAGGACUAACAAUAUAAACUCCAGCACUUCUCAUCCCAGGGAGCCUUUUCUGCCCAGUUGGCAGGUGCAGCCUGACUGCAGCAAGCAGCCGGAGGAGUUUGCCAGCCGACGUGGCAUUGCAUCAAUGCUCCUCAACAACAGAUGAGUUCUUGGGCCCCUGAUAACACUGGGUAGAAUUCUGUGUCCAUACUCGCUAGAAUUGGUAUCCUGGCGCUUGGCUGGUGAGCUGGCCUAGCCAUGCAGUGAUGGCAGCGGAGAGCACUGCUGCGCACGAAGCAGAGGCCCAACCGCGAACUUGGAGUGCCUGCUCCCCCAGAUCAGGAAGGGCUGGAGAGGCAGCCGAGGCAAAGGCCCUGGGCUUGCAUGGCGUGAGGAGAGGGUGCCAUCCAGAAAAGCCCAGUCUCCGGUUGGUUCUGGAUGAGAAGAACUCGGAUGCUAAUUGGCCAGAAGGUUUGGGGCUGGUGCCACAAGUACAGCAGCCCAAAGAAACCCAUAAAGGGAGCAGCAUGGCACUUGGAAGACAGCCAAAAGAGAGGGAAGCUGAGCAUUUUCAAUUUAGACAACUGUUACUCAGGCAGCACUUCUUGGAAAGGAUGCCAGUCGGUUGAGCACGUCGUCCUCAGAGGAUUUUAAUGCCAGUUUGUGGGUAGGAGUUGAGUAACGAUUAUGGAAACUCAUGCACGCAGUUCACAGGUUUUGUCCCACAGUCCCAGAUGGUGAGGAAGAAUUUAACUCAAGGGUAGUUGGUAUAUACAGGCCCUGAAUAAAUGCCUGCAGGGGAAGAUGGAUGUUUCCCUCCUAAUUUUGUAUGGUUUUUAAUUUUUAGAUGUAGUUUCCCAAACACCAGGGUUUUUUUUUAACAUAAAAAUCAUGUUUUCUUGGCCUUGCAGAAAUGCUGUUGUUGCUGAUAAUAAAUUUCAAAUCAUGAUAA